AUGUCCCAGAGUGCCGCGAGUUCCCGCUACGACGCUGCCCAUUCUCAGGAUGACCGUCAGGAGCAGCCCGGUGACUCGAGCAACAAGGUCGGUGGACGUCAUUGCGUAGUCAGAACCUAGAAGGAUAUGAAGCAUCUGCUUUCUCUCCCCUGGUUCUCUUGCUUGUGUUGAACAGUACCCGUCCAGGCUCAGAGUCGAACCUGGUUUACGUCACUCCAGCGCCCCUGUCAUGCACUCACGAUCGUCGGGAGUUGCCCAGAGCAAUCCUUCCGCGGGAGACCCACUGAACACUGCGCUUUACAUCGGAGAUAUGCACUGGGUAAGAUGUGAACUCGCUCAGAAAAUGCAUCACGGGUAUUGAUCAAGCCCUAAUCUCUCCGGACCAUCGUCAGUGGACCUCCGAUCAACACAUCCGCGAGCUUUGCUUGCGAGUAGGGAUCGAUGUACCUCUACGCAGCAUCAGCUUUUCGGAGCACAAAGUGAAUGGAAAGUCUAAAGGGUGAGUGGAAGCGGUGAGCACCCUCUUCGGAAGUAUCGUUUCAUGUGCAGUUGACCACGGAGCUGGUUCCUGGCUGCACAGCCUUGCCUUCGUCGACUUUGAAUCGCACGAGAUGGCUCGCAAGGUCCAGAGCUGGCUCGAGACUCAGUGAGCAUGUGACCAGAAAUACACCGAACAAGACCCAGAUCGGCCGACUCUGAUUCGAAUCUGCAGUGAUUUCCAAAGCAAGAGGGUCACGACAAAGCUUGGAGCCGGUGGAGCCGGUGGAGCCGGUGUGACCCCUUUCCGAACCCUGCCAAAGGGUGAGCAGCCAUACAUCUACUGGACUGACUCAUUCGGGAGCCUGAAUAUAUCCUGGACGACUUACAGAGCCGCAUGUUCGAACCGGGGUUGGGAAUGCCACGCGUCGCGACGAGAAUUCACCCGGUCAAGUCGGCGGUCAGAGCCGAGCUAGAGACUCCGGCGGUUCUCGCUCGGUCAGUGACAGCGUGAUGUGGCGCCAGUCCAAGGAGGCAGUCGAGCCGAGCAAGAGCAGUCGUGGAAACAAUACCAAGCCUGCCGCAGCGAACAACAACUGGCGAUCGAGGGCUUGA